CCGCCUCCUGACGCCCCCAACGCCCCCUCCUUGUUCGUCUUUAUCGGAGUGAAGCUAGCAACAUGCUAGCUCAUUUGUUUAAGUACAGCCGCGCUAGCACACAUCCACUGCUUUACUUAAAAAAUGCCCCGUGUUUUAACUUUUUAACCAUCACUUUUAAGCCUGAGGAUACUGUUAUGGUUUCGGAGAAUGGAAACGGACGACGUGUCGGUUAGAGAGCAACUUUUCCACAACCGUGUCCGAGAGACCAUAAUCUGUGUAUUCCUGUUCACAUGCCUUUACAUGGUGUCCUACCUCAUACUUACCCAUUUCAAGAAGACUGCUGAGUUUGUCACAGAUGAUAUUGAAGAUGCCACCGUCAACAAAAUUGCGCUGUGGCUGUGUACGUUCACCCUGUCUGUUGCAGUGUGUGCCGUACUUCUCCUCCCCAUCUCCAUUCUGUCCAAUGAGGUGCUGCUCACCUUCCCCCAAAGCUACUACAUGCAGUGGCUCAAUGGGUCGCUUAUCCACGGAUUGUGGAACCUAGUUUUCCUUUUCUCCAAUUUGUCCCUUGUCUUCCUCAUGCCCUUUGCCUACUUCUUCACGGAGUCUGAGGGUUUUGCGGGGUCCAGAAAGGGGGUUAUGGCACGAGUGUAUGAAGCUGUUGUGCUGCUGUUGCUGCUGGCUCUGCUUGUGCUGGGCAUUGUGUGGGUGGCAUCAGCCCUCCUCCACGACAACAUAGCCAGGAAGAGCCUCUAUGACCUAUGGGAGUAUUACCUUCCCUACCUAUAUUCGGGCAUCUCUCUGUUUGGAGUGUUGCUGCUUUUGUUGUGCACUCCAUUUGGGUUGUCUAGAAUGUUCAGUGUAACUGGCAGCCUAUUGGUCAAACCGCGGCUGUUGGAAGAUGUCGAAGAUAUUCUGAGCUGCACCACAUUUGAGGAAGACUCGCUGUCCAGGAAACUGAACUGUGGCAGUACAACGUCAUGCUGGGUCAAGCUGAACAUGGAGGGGGUAAAAAAAGAGUACCAAACAGCCCGGAGCAAACGCAUUGCCCUAGAAAUGCGUAGGAAAGCGUCCCCAUGGCAGCGAAAUUUGGGCUAUCCACUGGCCAUGCUUGUGCUCCUCGCAUUGACGGUGAUGUGUGUACUGAUGGUCUGUUUCAAUGUGUUGGAGUUGCUCCUGGAUGAGACCGCUAUGCCCAGAGGAAUGGAGGACCCUCAUCUGGGGAUGGCCUCCUUCUCCAUGUUUGGCUCACUGGGUGCUGCAGUUCAAGUAGUCCUCAUCCUCUAUCUGAUGGUGUCCUCAGUGGUGGGCUUCUAUAGUUCUCCUCUCUUCACUGGCCUCCUGCCUCGUGCACAGGACACCAACCUCACACAGAUAAUUGCUAACUGUGUUUCAUUGCUUAUCCUGAGCUCAGCACUGCCAGUCUUUUCACGCACAAUCGGGAUAACCCGCUUUGAUCUACUGGGAGACUUUGGUCGGUACAACUGGCUUGGGAACUUCUACAUUGUAUUCCUGUACAACAUGCUGUUUGCUGGUCUCACCUCUGCUUCCCUGAUCAAGACGGUCACCUGGGCAGUACAGAGAGAGCUUAUCCGUGCCUUUGGUCUCCACAGACUGCCUUUAACUGUGUCACGCUCCACGGUCCCCUUCAGGCUCCUCCUGGCCAGUGGACUGUCUAAAAUCCAGUGACUGUUCCUCCUCAUCACUGCCUUUCCUAACCCUUAAAAACUGAGCCACUUCAAAUGUGCACUUUGGAUUAAAGGCAUUUGCAUUUCAGCCCCUUUGCCCGGUGGGAAGAGACCGGAGAAGGUGAGGUGACGAGUCUGUCUGCACCAUGUCCAGGGGGAACUUUGCUUGAAGUAAUGAUUAAUAACAAUCAUAGCGGGGUCCAGUAUAGUGCAGUUAUUUGACUGCAAGGAGAAGUAGUAGGUGGUUAGCUGAGUCAAGGUUGACUCAUGACUGGAAAAAAGAGCAAAAGGGAUUUAAGCCAAAUUGCCAGGACUGUAUUAUAUUGUAACUGUGAUGUAAUUUCCCCUUCCUGCUCCAGGAUGAUCAAGUGCACUCUCUCUUUUUCUCAGUGGCUUAGCCACGCUUUCCCCUCUUUGGUUAUACCACUAUUUUAAGAUUGGGAAUCUUACUUCCAUGUGUUGGUGGUCCAGUCUGCACCAGGGUUUUGUUAGUAGAUAAGAGGAAGUUGUUAUUGGGAGCAAAUAGGACACAGAGUACCUUGUCUAUCUAUGGAUCUACAGGUUACACAGGAAAUAUGCGGGUGAGGUAAUGAUCUCAGUGUCUGAGUUUACGGAGUCUGAGAAUAACUCAUUCCUU